UUAUGUUUCAUCUUUAUCUCUUUCCCUCUCUAUUUCCUCUCUGUCUCCGUGACCCUGCGUUAAUUAGUCCCUCAAAUCAAUGGCGGGUCGCGGUAAAACUCUCGGAUCCGGAGCCUCCAAGAAGGCCACUUCUCGGAGCAGCAAGGCCGGCCUCCAAUUCCCUGUCGGCCGUAUCGCCCGGUUCCUGAAGGCCGGCAAAUACGCCGAGCGUGUUGGCGCUGGCGCUCCGGUCUACCUCGCAGCCGUCCUCGAAUACCUAGCCGCCGAGGUUCUUGAGUUGGCUGGAAAUGCAGCUCGGGACAACAAGAAGACCAGGAUUGUACCGCGCCACAUCCAGCUGGCGGUACGGAAUGACGAGGAGCUGAGCAAGCUUCUCGGUGACGUGACGAUUGCUAAUGGUGGUGUCAUGCCCAACAUCCACAACUUGCUACUGCCAAAGAAGACCGGUUCUUCCAAGGCCUCUGGUGCAGACGAUGACUCUUAGAUUGAAGCGAGAGAGUUAGGAACUGCGGAGUUCUACUUGUUGGGAUGGAAUUGAAUGCCUUUUCUUUAAUAGUUUUUAGUUAGGUUUUGAUUCUCUGUGUUUGUGGGGGUUGUAGUUAGGGUUUCAGGUGGUAGUGAAUGUGAAUAUAAUCAUCUUCUACUAGAUAUAGAAGAGAUUGUUGAAUUGUUAUUUUAUCUCUCUUUCUGGAUUGAUAGCUAAUGACAUUGAUGCGACGUUUAAAUUCGUAACA